CUGCGCUGAACUUUGUGCGAGAUUAGUGGUAUUGUAUUGUAUGUCACAGAUGAAAGAAGCUCCAUGGCAUGGGAUAGUAGCAGAUUGAGGCUUGUAGAUCAAGAGGAGAAAAAUGAAGAGUGGGUGGGUGAAUGCCAUGGAUUUUCACGAGUAAAAAGAUCAAACCCAGAUUCAGAGCGCGAUCCAGAAAAAAUUUCAAAGUGACACGAUUGAGGACGUCGAUACAGUCCGAUUGCAUUGAAGCAAGCAUUUCGAAGUUCUUAGUAGGUGGCUAGCCAGUACCUCUACGUCUACGUGAUAUUGCUUUUUGACCAUGUACAGUUGCAUCAGGGGCUCUAACAUGACACGGGCAGGACUCUAGGGCUUUCGUUCUCGUCCUCACAGCCAGAACUUUUUCAUGUAACGAUUUCUCGAGGCUCGGAGAUUCAAUUUCUAAAUCGGUAGUGUCAAUGAUUCUAGAGGUUCAGGCUUCCACCUUGUAGAUACGAUUGUGAGGACUGUUAUUCGAUUUCGACCUAUUUUUUCGUAGUCCCAAGGUUGCAUCCACUAUUGACCUAAUACUUCGUAUGCAGAUCUCUCCGCGAAAACCGAUCUCAAGAUGGCGUUUCCUUCCAAGCACGCGAGUAAGCGCAACCUAAUGGGGAAGCGGCACUGCGAGUACGAUGACUCAAAUCCUGCUGCAACAGAGGACGGGAUGAAACGGCGGAAAGGUGAUGCAGAGAAGCAUCGCGGAACUGGGUAUAACCGAGAACGUUUGGCUCUGGUUCCGCAGAAUGAUUUGCGAACUGAUACCCUAUGCAUGCGCAUCUUCACUUUGUAGUCAUUUAUCAUCAUAUGUUCAGGCUACUCUUACUCACCUCUAGAUGUAGCUUUCACUCAUUUCAAGCACUGUUUUCUCCGCUUUAAAGCCUAUUAUCUAUCAUAGGUUUUGAUAGAACUAGUGAUAGAACUAGGUGCGUGGAUGAUGAUGAGAUGAAGUAAGUCUUCACAGAGCAACAGCAGAUGGAAAGUGAUAUGUCAAACGUUUGAAGGCGUUCUCUCUAAGCAAUGGCGUCCUACAUCGUAAGGGGUACGGAGACGAUGACGAGAAAGUGGUGCACGUGAUUUUUUGUAUUGAUCAAUCAGGAUCCAUGCGCACGUGUGAUGUUUCUAAAACUUUUUCAAGUGGAAUCCGGACUAAGUUAAUUACCCGUUGGGAUGCUGUUUUCCAUUGCGCGGAGGAAUUCGUGGAGUCGCAGGUGAGCACUCAACGUGAUGCGGCGUCUGGUGCCCCAAUUGAGGUAUCUCUUGUCACAUGGAACAACAGCGCGACGGUGGUCUUCGAGAGGGAGCCUGUUGCCCAAAGAGAUGGAACUGGAAAGGCAAUUAUAGAGAAGCUGCGUAAAGCGAGGGAUGAGAACCAUCCUUCUCACGGCACAACUUUCGCUGCGGGCCUCAAGUGCGCCUGUGACAUUCUCACACGGCAUAUCGAAGACCUGGCCGAAGAACGUGAACGAGAAGACUUUUUGAUGACAGGAGGAGAUCCCAUUCGCGGCGAGUUCGUGAUAAGUGCACCCCGCUCAUCCGGCUUCGUUAAACCUGUAGUAAUUUUUCUUUCGGACGGUCGACCUGGGGAUUUGGACAAGGUCCCAUCGUGUGCGUCCGAAGAGAUGAAGCGAACGUACCGCCUGAAUGGAAGAGAAUAUACCAGCGCUGCACGUCAUUUGGAACAACUCCGCGACAAAUUUGAAUCUGACUUGCAUUUCGUUGGCAUCUACGAGGAAGGUUUUCCCUGGCUCAGGUGGAUCGCUGAGAAGUACGGCGGUCACUUCCACGAGGCGCGGCUGGAACUUGACGAGAUAGCUCCUCUGAUGACGAAUAAUCCGAUGCAGCCAAAAUAUCAAGGUUUUCGCGCGCGUGGCCAGGCGAUGCUGGGAAUUCCCACGAACCGGGAUAGCAUGAUCGACUUGGGUUUAUUUGCUCCGUCGAGUGCGCAGCCGGGAGACACAUCGUGUUUUGGAGCUACCAUGCAUGCCGGAAGCAGUUCGUUGCGGUCUACGUUCCUGAAUAUCAGCGCAGCUGUAACGUCGCUGCGGCAGCAGCCUGCAGUACAGGUCGAACGUGACGUGAAAUUGGUGGAAGACAACGAAGAAGGGAGUACUUUUGGUUCUGCGUGUCGUGCGGAGAUGAAGCAAUAUGACGACGUCACCGUGAUGGAACUGAAAAAUGGGAAGUUGAAGCCUGUUGCGGGAGUGGCAAAAAAGACGGUCUCCUUGCCGCAGCAACCGUUUGCGCAAGGUGGUCUACGAAAUGUAUAUAGGAUGACGGAAAUCCUCGAAAAUCAUUCCUCUUCUUUUGGUAAAAGUUCAUCUGGCACAACAAUUAAAAAACUUGUUGCCAAGGAGUCAAGAUACGAAGUGCCAUACGCAGAACGAUUGGCAUUUCACCUUGAGAGUAGCAAAUGCCAGGAGCGUGCUAUCAGCUUCGCCGCGCAGUGGAAUGCGCUGGAUGUUGUGCAGCGUGACUCGCUACUACCACACCUGCACUUCUUACGUACCGACGUUUACCGUAUCAGGGAAGAUGCUUCUACGCAGAAAUUUCGCUACCUAGCGGUGGAAGAGGAGCUUCAAGGCAAAUACCGCAAGUUCAACGGAAAUAAUGGGUGGGUGCGGCCCACUACGAAAAACUCCAGCAAGAACGUGACAUAUGGCUUCCGCUUCUCCGAAACUGUAAUUCAUUUUUUAAGUUAUAGUAGAGAAUUCUUAGUAGGGAAUUAUGUUUCUGUAGUUUCUCAGGCAUUCCUCCACACGUGAAUCUUCCUUCAAGGAUGAGCAUGUGGGAACGCGAGGUGAUAGUAAAUACAAAACAACAGGGAUAGAUGUGGAGUGCAGUAAUCAAGUAGUAAGCUGCCUCUAAUGAAUCGACGCUUUUGGUGGAGGUGUAAUUCGGUCUGACCACGAUAAAAUUGGUACUAAACCGUUCGAGGAGUUGUUGCAGGAAGCGAAGGUCGCAAGAACCCCUGCAUCCUUCUCAUCGAAGAAGCGGCUCAAUAUCAGUCACCAGCCUGAUUCUAGUAGACAAAUGAACUUGCUGUGUGAGGAUCUGCAGUCGUCUAUUGCGCAAGCGUUCUCGCAUUGGACCUACCACGUUUCCCACUGCAAGGAGAUCGUAGUGGAUAUUCAAGGCGCGGAAUGGAGCUUCACGGAUCCGCAACUUAACUCGGUUCCAAAAGAAUACGGCAGAGCAGAUCGAGGGCAGCGAGGUAUGCAGGAAUUUUUGGCAUCGCAUAAGUGUGGAAACGCCUGCAGGUUACUGGGACUCCCCCACGUUUGAGGAGAUAAAGCAUUCUAGUUAGUUCUGCCGAAACAACAAAAAAUUCCUUAGAAUCAGACAUGAUACGGGAAUGAUUUUGAUGUCGUGCUGAAUUAUUCAAUUUCGUCCAUUCCUUUUGUCGUUGAAUGAAGUCGUGCGAAGAAAAAUCCCGCUAGAUUUAAUCAUGCUUAGGUCCUCUCAAAUCAAAAGAUAUGAUAGCUAUACCGCGUAAGUACUUUCAUCUUCAUAGAGUGUUCCCAGAGCAGAUGAAUGAUGCGGUCAAUGUGCAGAACGUCUGCCUGCGUUGAAUAGCACUUUGACCAGGUCAAUUCAUUCACCCACGCAGAUUCGGUCCCCGCCCCCGCUUAUGUGAUCUUUCCAAUACACCUUAUAUAUAAAUAUAUCAUCGUUGUUAUUUUUUCAUCUUUAGAGGGCCUUCUUGUAAGCUAUUCUUUUGGCAUGGGGCAACUCAUGGGAGUUCUACGAAGGAUAACACCUGAGCAAUGAUCGUACUGCACUGCUAUUUUUAUUUCGCCGCGGUCUCUUUGAGGUCAGCCUCAGCCCCAAGAUCAAU